AUAGGAAAUGCUCCUAUUCUUGGUGACAAUUUUUAGCUCACAUGUUAAUCUUUUUAAAAUUUUUAUGCUGCAUUAAAGCUUUAAAAUGGGUGAUGAUCUGGAAGAUUUAAUUAAGCAAUAUAGAGAUGAGAGAGAAAAUGUCCAGAAAAAAACAUUUUGCAAAUGGGUAAAUUCUCAUCUCGUCCGAGCAAAUUGUCGGAUCACAGAUUUGUAUGCAGACAUGAGAGAUGGGAAAAUGCUAAUGAAAUUAUUAGAAAUACUUUCUGGUGAGCGUCUGCCAAGACCUACAAGAGGAAAGAUGAGAAUUCAUUGUCUUGAAAAUGUAGAUAAAGCUUUGCAAUUUUUGCGAGAUCAACGAGUUCACUUAGAAAAUUUAGGAUCUCAUGAUGUUGUUGAUGGGAAUCCACGUUUAACUCUGGGUUUAAUAUGGACAAUUAUUCUUCGUUUCCAAAUUCAAGACAUAACUAUUGAAGAAAUUGACAAUCAAGAAACUAAAUCUGCUAAAGAUGCUUUACUGCUGUGGUGUCAGAUGAAAACUGCUGGAUAUCCAAAUGUCAAUGUCAGAAAUUUUACAACAAGUUGGAGAGAUGGCUUAGCGUUCAAUGCUCUGAUACACAAACAUAGGCCAGACUUAAUACAGUAUGAUAAACUGUCACGUAAUAAUGCCAUAUAUAAUCUGAAUCAUGCAUUCACAGUUGCUGAGCAAAGAUUGGGUUUAAUGAAACUUCUUGAUGCAGAAGAUAUUUUUGUGGAAUAUCCAGAUGAAAAAUCCAUAAUUACAUACGUUGUAACUUAUUAUCAUUAUUUCUCAAAAAUGAAAGCAGAUACUGUACAGGGUCGUCGUAUUGGAAAUGUUGUAGGACAAGCAAUGCAAAAUGAAAAGAUGAUACAUGAAUAUGAAACCUUGACUUCUAAUCUUCUGAAAUGGAUUAAGCAAACUAUUGUAGCUUUAUCUGAUAGAAAGUUUGCUAACUCCUUGUAUGGAGUACAGCAGCAGCUUUCAGCAUUCAGCUCUUACAGAACUGUGGAGAAACCUCCCAAGUUUGUGGAGAAAGGAAAUCUUGAAAUUUUGUUAUUUACAAUUCAGAGUCGAAUGAGAACAAGUAAUCAAAGAAUGUAUUAUCCACCUGAAGGGAAAAUGAUAUCUGAUAUCAACAGAGCUUGGGAGAAUUUAGAAAAGGCAGAACAUGAAAGAGAGCUUGCUCUCAGAGAAGAACUGAUAAGACAAGAAAAACUGGAACAACUUGCUGCUCGAUUUGAUCGUAAAUCUGGAAUGCGAGAGACUUGGCUAAGUGAAAACCAGAGACUUGUAUCUCAGGAUAAUUUUGGUUUUGAUCUCCCAUCUGUAGAAGCUGCUGCCAAAAAGCAUGAAGCUAUUGAAACUGAUAUAUAUGCAUAUGAAGAGAGAGUACAAGCUGUUGUUGCUGUAGCUCAAGAAUUAGAAACAGAGAAUUAUCAUGAUAUUUCUAGAAUACAGGCUAGGAGAGAUAAUGUCUUGAGGUUAUGGAAUUAUCUUCUAGAACUCUUACGUGCACGUCGUUCUCGGUUAGAAGAUUCCAUUACUCUUCAACAGACUUUCCAGGAAAUGCUAUAUAUUUUAGAUAACAUGAAAGACAUUAAAGCUCGAUUGCUUACUGAUGAUUCUGGUAAGCAUUUGAUGGGUGUUGUUGAUUUACUGCAGAAACACAGUCUUAUUGAAGCAGAUAUUAAUGUAUUGGGAGAAAAUGUCAAGGCUGUUAUUCAACAUCUUCAAUCUUUUAUUGAAAGAAGCAGCAAGGGUGGUUAUCAAGCCUGCGAUCCUCAGUACAUCAAAGAAAGAAUUGAAGAGCUUGAAGCAGCAUAUGUAGAAUUAGUUCAGCUUGCAACAGACAGACAUAAUCAUUUAAUUGAAUCUCGUAAACUCUGGCAAUUCUUUUGGGAUAUGGCUGAAGAGGAAGCUUGGAUUAGGGAAAAAGAAAGGAUUUUAUCAUCUGGUGAUAUUGGACAUGAUCUGACUGCUAUUCAUCUUUUGAUUAGCAAAAAUAAGGCUUCUGAAGAAGAAAUCAAAAACAGAGCAAAGCAAAUUCAAGCUAUUGUCGAGACUGGAGAAGAUCUGAUUGCAGCCAGUCACUUUAGUUCGGACAGCAUUCGUGAGAGGAUUAAUGAAAUACAAACCAUGUUGGAGAAUCUCUUGAAACUACAACAACAACGAAUGAAAAGGUUAACUGAUGCUGUGGAUUAUCAUCAGUUCUUUACAGAUGCUGAUGAUGUUGACACAUGGAUGUUAGAUACAUUAAGGCUAGUUUCAAGUGAAGAUAUUGGGAAAGAUGAAGCUAAUGUACAGUCUCUCUUGAAAAAACACAAGGAUACAACGGAUGAUCUGAAAAACUUCGCAAAUACUAUAGAUUGUCUUCAUCAACAAGCUGCUAAUCUUGGAGAUGAAGAUAGAACUGCACCUGAAGUCUUAGACAGACUUGCUAGCAUUGAUCGUAGAUACAAAGAAUUAGUAGAAUUAGCCAAAUUGAGAAAACAGCGUCUUCUUGAUGCUUUGUCUUUAUACAAAUUGUUCAAUGAAGCUGAUGGAAUCGAACAAUGGAUUUUGGAAAAGGAGAAAAUGCUAGAUUCCAUGGUGAUGAGUAAUGAUAUAGAAGACAUUGAAGUGAUGAAGCAUCGCUUUGAAGGAUUUGAGCAAGAAAUGAAUGCUAAUGCAUCCAGAGUAUCUGUUGUGAAUCAGUUGGCACGCCAACUUUUGCAUGUCGAACAUCCUAACUCAGAAGAAAUUCUGGUUCAACAGAAUCAUCUCAAUGAACGAUGGGCUGCACUGAAAGCUACUGCUGAACACAAAAAAGAACAAAUAGCUUCAGCUCAUGGAAUUCAGACUUUCCAUAUAGAAUGCAAGGAAACUAUAACUUGGAUUGAAGAAAAGAAAAAACUUCUAGAAGCCACUGAAGAUCUUGGAGAUGAUCUGGUAGGAAUAAUGACUCUUCAGAGAAGGCUCAGUGGAAUGGAAAGAGAUUUAGCUGCUAUACAUGCUAAACUUGAAAAUCUUGAAAAAGAAGCAGAAAGGAAUAAAUAUGAGCAUCCUGAAGAAUCAGAGAUGAUAGAUAGAAAUCUUGAACAAAUUAAGAUGUCCUGGGAAAGAUUAACUCAGCUGGUGAGUUACAGUUACUUAUUGUGGUUAUUAUAUUUUUAUUCUAUACUGCCCUUGUUCUGUAACACUUCAAAUAAAAUUCCAGUGUUAGUAAAAAUUCCAAUAUUAGUAUGUUAUGCUAGUUAG